AUGCAGUCCAAGAUCGUCCUCGGCCUUUCCCUCCUCGCCGCCACCGGCAUGGCGGCCCCCUCCAACUCCAUCCACAAGCGUGCCGACUUCCCCAUCCCCUCCUCCAAGGGUUCCGUCUCCUACGAUGAGGCCAAGUCCAUCUCCGGCACCUUCGACGGUGGUCUCAAGACCUACGACCGUGGUGUUUCCUGCACUGGCCAGAAGGAGGGUGGCAACAAGGACGCCGUCUUCCUCCUCGAGGAUGGCGCCACCCUGAAGAACGUCAUCAUCGGCAAGAACCAGAUCGAGGGUAUCCACUGCCUGGGCAGCUGCAACCUCGAGAACGUCUGGUGGGAGGCCGUCUGCGAGGACGCCCUCACCUUCAAGGGUGACGGUGACGCCACCGUCACUGGCGGCGGUGCCACCGGUGCCGACGACAAGGUCCUCCAGCACAACGGCAAGGGCUCCAUCACCGUUGACGGCUUCACCGUCGUCGACUUCGGCAAGCUCUACCGUUCUUGCGGCAACUGCAAGCAGAACGGCGAUGCCCGCAAGAUCACCCUCACCAACGUCAAGGCCUACAGCGGCAAGUCCCUUGUCGGCAUCAACUCCAACUACGGCGAUGUUGCCACCAUCACCGACACCUGCGCCACCUCGGUCAAGGACAUCUGCGUCGAGUACGAGGGUACCAACGACAACGACAAGGAGCCCGAGAAGAUCUCUUCCGGCCCCUCGGACGCCUGCGUCUACUCCGACCUCCCCUCUUGCUAA